GUGGUGGUGGGGAGGGGGGCAUAAGCGAUCGACGAAACGCAGGCAAGCGGCUUGGGUGCACAAACCCCCUAUCAAGCGAACUAAGUUUAGAACAAAAAAAUCAAUGAAAUUUUAAUGCCAUUACAUUCUUAAAGAGUUCCUCGGCGCGUGAGCUUGUGUCGGGAGGCGUCGCUGGGAGUUGUGCCCGGACAAUGAUGGUCGAGCGUGCACUAGCGAAGUCAUCCCCGACGGCUCCUACGCACCAGCCGCCCGCUUCAUCCGCUGCGCACUGCAAGAUGGUUUUUCGCGCAAUGGGCAGGGUGCUAAGGCGUGGCCGGAAGAACGAGAAGAAGAGUGCCCCCGAGGAGCGACGCCUCUACCUGGAGCCCGACUACGUGCGGGCAUGCAUCACCGAGUCGGAGCUGCGUCCGCUCAUCACCUUGCCACCCUCCAUCGAGCUCAACGAGUGGCUCGCCACGCACGUCACAACAUUCUUCGGACACGUGAACCUGCAGUACAGCGCCAUCUCGGAAUUCUGCACAGCGGAAACCUGCCCGCUCAUGACGGCCUGCAACGUACAAUACUUCUGGCAGGACGAGAGGGGGAAGAAGGUGAAGUGCACGGGUCCACAGUACGUCGACUACGUCAUGUCGUGCAUCCAGACGACGAUCACCGAUGAAUCUGUUUUCCCGACAAAAUACGGCCGAGACUUCCCGAACUCGUUCGAAGCGGUGGUGCGCAAGUUCUUCCGGUUGCUGUACCAUGUGAUUGCGCACAUCUACUGGUGCCACUUCCGCGAGACGGUUUGCCUAGACCUCCACGGCCACCUCAACUCCGUGUUCAGCCACUUUGUGUGCUUCGCGCGCGAGUUCAACCUCCUGGAGCCUAAGGAGGCCGCGGGGCUUGACGAUCUGGUGGAAGCCCUGUGCAACGCGCGUGCCGCUCGCAACCACGGCAAGGAGAGAUGAUGGGAGCAAAAAAAACGUCAAUCGCGAAGCCGAGACGGACGGCCGGGAAAUUUCCGUCGCGCGUUAAUCUAUUCAAGUGUGUGCGCUGGCCAGGCAACUCCUGACCUGCUUCUCCCGGAACCUGCGAGUGACUGCCCCCCCCCGAAUCCUUCUCGCAUCACCAUCUCUCUCGGUUGUGAAGCCUUAACCGGGACGCAGCUUCAAGGUCACGCUCGUUAAAACUGCAAAACUUAUUCAUCAUCCUAAUAAUCAUCAUCGUAUUUGAUGAACCUGGGCAUUUCUGGUUGUAGGUGACAUCUUGAACUGAUAUUGAGGGGCAGCGAAUGGAAUACUCCUCCCAGAAGUCAACAAAUAUCCGUUUUGCUUCCUGCAUUCACAAUGCAAAGUAGGAUUUCGAUUGAUCGUUUCAUUUACGUAACUUCCUGUUUUGUCAUGCAAACAAAGAUGUAGUAAAAAGCACAAAAUAGACCACCCCUUCAGCAACGGGAAAAAAUGAUUGGUCCCACACUUUUUCACAAGCACCGCACAAUUGUAUUCGCCGCUUGUUGCCGCUUGCUACGGUUCCACAGGGAGUGUGCGUGGGGAGAGUGAGUCACGAGCCGGUGGCACGGAGAAAGGUUUGCAGGAAGCACCCGAUGACCUCCUGGGACUGGCAGAAAGCUCCUCGUUGAGUUCCACUCUCACGACCGCUUCAACAACAGCACCUCCCGCCACUGCAGAAACAACAACUGUCGUGUACAGCGGGGCCGCAGGUGCCCAGUGCGCAGGCGGUGCAACUGCACGGGGACCCACGGGCUGGUAGGGCCCCCAUGCACCGGGCUACGAACGGUGGGAUGAGGAAGAAUUAGACCCCAAUUUCUUUCCGUGCACACCAGAGGCCCAUGCCAGCCGCGUUACGCCACUGACAUUACGUAGAACUGUAGCUUGGCAGUGGUUAGGUAGACUGUCGCAUUCUAAUUCACUGAACCAAACUGACACUUGCAGUGUACUGCAAAUACGUCGAGGCAUGCUGGAUCCAAUAUUAACGUCACUUCUGGAAAUAUGAAUGAAACGGCAUUUCUAAAUAGGCAAGUAGUAGUGGCAAUGCCAAUUAUUUACGUAGGAAAGCCUUGCUGAUCUGAAGGACCCUCUCUUUGGGAGGGUUCCUGCAGUGGGAGAUAUUUGACCGAUGACACCAUGAGAAGAAGAGCGUUUGGGACGUUGGAGGGAACACCGGAGCCCGGAGAAACCCACCGCGUCUAUGACCGGUUAGCAGUCGAUACGGCCGUCUCUUUAAGUGGUUGAGAGGAGCGUCGCCCUUUUGUAAGUUGUUUCUGUAACAAGCAAAACAAAACUCGCUCCGAAACGAAUGAAUGUCGUGCGAUUAUGCUGUACUUGCAAUGAUGCUCUUGUGUGCAUUUUUUGAAAAUGUACAAGCACUUUACUGAGGUUCGAACCAAAGCCAUUUGUUACUGCGUAAUGAGACACCGAGCCGGUUGGUUAAGUUAUGCAUUGUUUUAUACCAAGGAAAACCACACACACUGCCUGGCAUCGUGGCAUCACCGAGACUGCGAAGUUUGAACUUGUCCAGAACCUUUUUUCUUGCCUGAAAUGUGAGCAGUAUGAAUUCCAACUGCAGUUCUACUUGGUCUCGAGAUUUAAUUUGUAGAUUGGUCUUCCGGCAUUUGUAUAUAUUUUUUAAGGUAUUUAAAACACGUACUGUCGCUUUUUUUGUUCGAUUUUAAUUCUGUUCGGUGUUUUAAAGUUAGCUUAUUUUCCAUUUUAUCCGCAAAUUCGACAUCUCUCUUAUCGUCGUUGUUAAUUUGCACUGCCUUUCUUACACCUUCUCAAACUAUAGCAAUUUAAAUUACUGUAAAUGGACUGGCUUUACGAAAUGGUAAUUGUUAUAUUUUUAAACAAAAACUACUGCUAUGAGUGGUUUAUUGUACAAUAAAGUUACAUAUAAAGCACAAAAUACGAGUGUUUUGUCGUAAUUUUCCUGCAUAGCUGUGAAAAUGUAAAAUUAUAGAAUUACGGCACACCAAAUUUGAGUGAGCAUAGGUCUUAAAUUAAAUAUCAAUAAAUCCUAUCGCGCAAAGGAUGUGUCUUGUACAUAACAGACCAAC